GACAUCAGCUUUGAACAUAACGAAAUUAUGGCUGAUUUAUUAUUCCCCCAAAUGGAGCGUCCUCUGCCCUCGAUGCCUUCGUUGCACUACACGCUGUUUGCGUAUCGCGAGGAGCUGCGACGUCGCGAUGUGCCCUUCAUGAAGAUGUCCACGAUCAAGCUGCACCUGACGGACAAUUUGAUACUGCAGACCAUCAAGAACAUACGGCAGUUUGACACCAUUGAGAUUAUGAAUCUCAACAGGGAGAUCACCUUCAAGCGGCGACUCACCAAGCAGAUGCGCAAAGUGCGGAAACUCGAGAAACUCGGCCUGAACAUCGAUCCCCGGAAGCUCACCGAGGGCGGGCAGUGGCUCUGAACAGCAAGCGAAAACUGUGUGAAAAUUCUAUACUACAAACAACUCUUUCCGAACUCUAAUCAUACUACAAGCAUGUGAAAUUAGUCUAUAAGAGAAAUCUCCUCAAGUUUCUAAAACUCAAUAAGCCGAACCAAUAGAUGAUUUUUUUGAAUGAAAUAUAAACAAGAAAAA